GGUUCACAACAGGUCCUUUUUGGAAUAUAAUUCCCGAUAGAGUACCCUCAUUUUUGCAAGUGUACUUUCAGUGUACAUCAACAGGCCCGAUAAAGGGUCGAUCUGGCUGCACUUCUUGAAGUAGUUGGAAUAGUGUGCCAAGCACAACUUCUUUGAGAUCUCGUCGUGCUUCACUCAAAGAAUCUCAAAUCAGCGACUGUUUUAACUACUUCAUUUGAGUCUACUUUUGGGCCAAAAAGUAAAUUUCGUCUACUUCAUACAUUUGGGUCGUUUCAUUUUACAUUUCGUAUGGUUUCGAGAAAGCAAGGCUGCUCCUUGUGACUUUAUCAGAGAUUCUUCCAAUUUCCUACAUCCUCACCAUCUUUCUGUUUCUUUAGCCUCCGAGCCUGAUUCACAAGAAGUUUGCGAGUACGCACCUCCUCCCUGGAUGCAACAUGGCACCAGGCAGCGACGUUAGCUCAACCCCCCCACCCCCCCUGAGUCCGAUGUCUCUGACAGCGACAACCGCGGACACGACGCCGUCGCCUUUGGCGGAGCAACACGGCGGCUCGGUGUCCUCCUCGGGGCGAAAUUUACUGGUCACCGGCGGCGCGGGUUUCAUCGGUGGGCACCUGUGCGAGGUGCUGCUGCGUCGUGGCGACCGGGUGGUGGCGCUGGAUAACUUGAGCGAGUACUACAACGUCAAUUUCAAAAAGGAGACGCUGAAGAUACUGCAAUCCUACAACGAGGCAAAGCUCACGACGGCGUUUUCCGCAAAGGAGCCGGAUGAAUCGGAAGCAGCCUCGCGGGUAGAAGACGCGAAUCAGGCCAGGAGGUUCACCUUUGUCGAGGCAGAUUUCUGCGAUCUAAACGCGGUGGAAAAGGUUUUCGAAACGGAAGGGCCAUUCACCUGCGUCGUGCACCUCGGCGCCCAGGCUGGCGUCAGGUAUAGAAAGAAAACCCGGAGCGAUUUUGUUCUUGAUGGGGGCUCUGCAAUUACAUUGUUUCAUCUAUCACCAUGUUGAGAAGUGAGAAAAUCUCAACUAAAACUUUUUCAAUUGUUGAAGCCCCCUUAUGUAGAAAAAACCUCACGACCAAAAAAAAAUGCAGGUAUAGCGUGCAGAAUCCGUGUGAAGUGAUUAUGACCAACGUGAUUGGGCAGCAAAGAAUACUAGACGCCGUGAAGAAGUACAAGGUUCCGUACGCGGUCUGCGCAUCUUCCUCGAGCGUCUACGGGGUAAGCAGCACAGCACCCUUCAGCGAGGACCAGAUCUGCAAUCAGCCGAUCAGCCCCUAUGCCGCGUCAAAGCGCUCCUGCGAAAUGUUUGGACACGCCUUCAAUCAUUUGAACAAGAUCCCGUUGACAAUGCUCCGAUUCUUCACCGUCUACGGCCCGCGAGGGAGGCCCGACAUGGCGGCAUUCAAGUUCAUUCAGAAGAUCGACAAGGUACAGAAAGGGUUUGAUUUUCUUGCUGGCUGUAUCUGUAUUUUACGCAUCUGCCACGAAAACGAAAAUCAAAAUUUUCACUUAGCUGUGCAUCCUCCAAAGAAAGUGUUGUCUUUUGGCACUGAAUUGAUCGCUCCAGUAAUACAAUGAAGAUACAAGCUCUUGCUGCUUUAUUCGUUAUUUGAUUGAAGAACCAUCAAAACAAAUACAGGGAGAACCCAUUGACAAGUUCGGGGACGGGUCGGCAAUCCGUGAGUUUACCUACGUGAACGACAUUGUAAAUGGCGUGGUCCUGUCCAUCGACACGGUGCCACAGGGGAACGGGUUUCGCGUCAUGAAUCUGGGCGGCGGAACCACACAUACGCUGAAUGACUUCAUCGCGACCAUUGAAAAGCACGUGGGAUAUGGAUUGUAAAAAUGUCUGGGUCUGGAAGAAUGCAUGUUUGUCAUGCUUGUCUGGCAUGACUCUUAAAUCUGUCAUGCACGUUACCCAAGAGCUCCACUUUUCUGUAAUGCAGAAACGCAGUUUGUCAUGCAGAAUAGGCAACAGCUAGAAACUCAGAAACUUGUCAUGCUGAGCCAGCAUUUGUGGCCUCAUCAUGAGACGCCACCCAGCAUCACAAGUUUCCAGACCCAGACAUUUUUACAUUUGAUAUGGGAAAGCCGGCAGCAAUAAACCAGCUGCCCGACCAACCAGGUGACGUCGCCAUCACGUCCGCCGACCAAAAGCAUGCUUUUGCAGAGGUGGGAUUCCAGCCAGAAAUCAGCCUCGACGAAGGAAUCCGGAGAACGGUGGAGUGGUACAGAAAUUGCCCCUAUCUGGAAGGGUAGGAUGGUGCCCGGGCUUGAAGAAGUUUAGUUUGUUCCCCCCGGAUUAGAGGAACUUUUUUUGUUGAGCACUUUGUUUCACGGGAACCUCACGAUUAUACGGAAGAAGUUUGUAGUUUUACGCUAGCGCUACAUGCGUAUUUUCACACAUAUAAGGAUAUCUACUAUAAUCGAACAUACUUACAUUGGGAAUGAACGACAGCACGCACCGCGGGGACAGAGCUGGGCUUGACAGCUUAUUCCUGCGAAGCAUGCUUGAUUUUUGGAAGAAGUACGCAGCGCGUUUGAAUAAACGGGUCCACGGGCAUGUGCCAUCUAAUAUCGAACUGCCCCCUCCAAUUAUAUGUCUGUGUGUAGAUGGGAGGGUGAUUUUCUUUUUUUCGAGGACAAUUGAUAUUCCGCAAGCAACGUGUGCAGAGAAUAGUUGUACUUCCUGCUACAGUAAUGUCGACGCCCACAUUGAAACGUGGAGCAUUUUUGUGGAAAUAAAACGCUAAAGAUGCGCUGCGCCGCAGUAGACGGGUUGUGAAAAUUUGCCCGAUCACGCACUGACACUUUGUCGAGUUCCUUUUCCAGUGCCCCUGACGAGCCGUUCUCCGCGGACAGAAUGUCGCAUCUGUGCAUCCGCCUUAUGAUCUGGUCAGAAGAACAGAAUAUCGUUGAGAUCAAGCGCAAGGAGACGAUCUACAAAUCCCAGGUUGAACCAAUUCGAGAUAGAAAUUAUCUGCAAGAUACAUCCGUUCGAUCCUCAGUCAUUUCCCUCAGUGAUGUCCGGUCGCGGAAGCAGCUGC